AUGGCUGGAGCUUUGAUCGGAGAGGCCUUUAUUUCUGCUUCCAUCCAGGUGAUUUGUUACAGAAUUGCUUCACCCAAGUUCGUCGACUUAUUUCGGCACAAGAAACUCGAUCAACCUCUCCUCAUGAAACUGAAGAGGACGCUGUUGACCUUGAAUGCAGUGCUUGAUGAUGCAGAGGAGAAGCAAACUGAGAAACCAGCUGUGAGAGAGUGGCUUGACGACCUCAAACAUGCAGUAGACUUGCUGGAUGAGAUCAACUAUGAAUCUUUGCGAUGCAAGCUGGAAGGUGAAGCUCAAACAGCGGACAAAUUUACCAACAAGGUGUGGAACUUCCUCCCUACUUCUCGUAAUAAGUUUUAUCAAAGCAUGAAUGUUAAGAUACAAGAGUUGUUACGAAAAUUAGAAGACUUCGUACAAUUGAAAGGUGCUCUUGGUUUGACAGAAGUUGUUGGGAGGAAGGUUUCACAAAGAACUCCAACAACUUCCUUGGUUCAUGAACCUUUUGUAUAUGGUAGAGAUGAAGUCAAAGAAAAUUUAUCCAAAGUGUUGUUCUCUGAUGAUGCAAGCAAGGAAGAUGUGUCCGUCAUCACUAUUGUUGGAAUGGGCGGGGUUGGCAAGACAACCCUUGCCCGCAUGCUUUACAAUGAUGAUAAGGUGAAAGGGCAUUUUACACUUAAAGCUUGGGCUUGUGUUUCAGAAGACUAUGAUGCUAUCAGGGUAACUAAAACUCUUCUUGAGUCAGUCACUUCAAAAACUUGCAAUACAACAGAUCUGAAUUUGCUUCAAGUUGAACUAAGAGAACAACUGAGGGGGGAGAAAUUUGUAUUUGUGUUGGAUGACCUUUGGAAUGAGAAAUAUACUGAUUGGAACUGCCUCCAAACUCCUUUUACUUCAGGGGCAAGGGGAAGUAAAGUUAUCGUAACAACACGGAACAAAAAUGUAGCAUCUUUUAUGCAAAAUGUUCCCACUCAACCCUUGGAACCAUUGUCACAUGAACAUUGUUGGUUGUUACUUGCAAAACAUGCGUUUCGAAAUGUAAGCUGUAGUGCAUAUCCAAGCUUGGAAGAAAUCGGCAAGAAAAUUGCACGAAAGUGCAAUGGGUUGCCUUUAGCUGCACAAACACUUGGCGGUUUGUUACGCUCCAGGCUAGACUCCGAGGUAUGGAACAGAGUACUAAACAACAGCAUUUGGGAGUUACCUUCCGAGAAAAGUGACAUUCUUCCUGCUCUAGGAUUGAGUUAUCAUUAUCUUCCAGCUAAGUUAAAGCGAUGCUUUAUUUAUUGUUCAAUUUUUCCAAAAGACUAUGAACUCAAGGUAGAAGACGUUGUUUUUCUUUGGAUGGCGGAAGGUUUAAUUCCCCAAGCGGAGAAUGGGGACAACAUGGAAGAAGUGGCUAAGGAAUAUUUUGAUGAACUGUUAUCCCGAUCAUUGUUUCAAACGUCGGGGAAAUCAAGUUUCGUUAUGCAUGAUCUCAUCAAUGACUUGGCUGUGUUCAUGUCUAAAGGAUUUUGUUCCAGGUGGGAAGGGAGGGAAUCACAUGAAGUAGAAAGAGUUCGCCAUUUGUCAUAUGCUAGGGAAGAAUAUGAUGUUUCUCUUAAAUUUGAGGCAUUAAAGGGGGCUAAGUGUUUGCGGACCUUCCUACCUACCUCUUUAAAUCCAUAUAACUCUUAUAAAAAUUAUUAUCUAAGUAAAAAGGUUGUACAAGAUUUGUUGUCGUCACACAGAUGUUUACGGGUGUUAUCAUUGUCAAGUUAUAGGAAUGUCACUCAACUACCUGAUUCUAUUAAAAAUAUUAUUCACUUGCGCUAUUUGGAUCUCUCUGGUACUGCAAUUGAAAGGUUACCUGGUGUACUUUGCAGUUUGUACAAUUUGCAGACGUUACGAUUGUCAAGCUGUUACUCACUCGUUGAAUUCCCUGCUGACAUGAGAAAAUUGAUAAAUUUACAGAGCUUAAUGUUGGAAGAUUGUAUAUCUCUUACUAAAUUGCCCGUCGAUAUUACAGAAUUGAUUAGUUUGUAUCAUCUUGAUGUGAGUGGAACUAAAAUUACAGAGAUGCCAUCGCAAAUGAGUAGACUAAAAAGUUUGAGAACUUUGACUGCUUUUGUUGUGGGGAAAUCUACUGGGUCAACCAUUGGGGAAUUGGGGGAGCUUCCACAUCUUGGAGGAAAACUUAAACUGCAAAAUGUAGUUGAUGCUAAGGAUGCUGGGCAAGCCAAUUUGAAGAAUAAGAAGGAUAUGAAGGAGUUAGAGUUCGAAUGGGGCAAUGAAGACUCAAAUGAUUCCGCAAAAGUGAGAGAUGUACUUGACAAGCUCCAACCUUGCAUGAAUUUGGAGAAAUUGACCGUCAAACGUUAUGGCGGGACCAGCUUCCCAAACUGGUUGGGAGACUCUGCCUUCAAUAAAAUAAAAGUUAUGCGCCUCGAAGGCUGUCAUUAUUGCUUCGAGUUGCCACCGCUUGGACAGCUACCUGCUCUUAAGGAGCUCUUCAUAUAUAUCUUAGGCUGUCCAAAUCUGGUGUGUUUUCCCCAGGGAGGAUUGCCCACUCCCAACUUGACUCAAUUGGAAUUCAGCAGAUGCGAGAAGUUGAAGUCAUUACCUGAACGCAUUCACACCCUCACAGCCCUUGAAAGAUUGUGGAUAAGGAAUCUUCAAAAUCUGGAGUCAAUUGCAGAAGAUGGGGGUUUGGCUCCCAACCUCCAACAUUUUAGGAUUGAGAAUUGUGAGAGACUGAGAGCUUCGUCUUCAUCAGUGGGAGACCACUGUAACUGGGGUUUCCAAGCACUUGUCUCCCUUAAAUACCUUAAUAUUGGUGGCAGGGGAAGUGAUGAAAUCUUGGAGACGUUGCUCAAGCAACAGCUGCUCCCUACCACUCUUCGCAGUCUCUGGAUCGAGGAACUUUCAACUCUGAAAUCUUUGGAUGGAAAGGGACUUGCACACCUUACUUCUCUUCAAGAACUAUUUAUUAGUAGGUGUGACAGUCUGGAAUACCUGCCAGGAGAGGCACUUCAACACCUCACUUCUCUUCAAAGGCUAGAAAUUAGGUGUUGUGACAAUCUCCAAUUCCUGCCAGAAGAGGGUCUGCCGCCAUCUCUUUCUUAUCUGAAGAUCUUCAGAUGUUCUGGCCUGGAGAAAAGGUAUCAGAAUAAGACGGGACAAGAUCAUUGGGACAGCAUAUCUCACAUUCCUUGCAUCUGGAUAAAUGAUGAAGUCGUCAUAUGA